AUGGGUUUUAAUGAAUAUUAUGAUGCAAAUUUCAAUGAUAAUAUUUCUUUAAAACAAGAAACAAUUUUAAGUAAUUCUGAAAGAUUAAGUAAUGUAUCUAGAACUUCAUUUGAUAAAAAUGUUAAUACUAAUGCAGAUACACAUAUUGCGAAAAGACUACGAUAUAAAGGGUCAA